AGCGGUCACCCAACCCUCCCACAGAUGCAGAUUCCUGGAAGUCAGUCUCACCAGGCUCAGUUCCAGCAAGCGGCAGGCGACUUUCCACACCAACUCACCUCACCAAUUAGCAGCGGCGGACCGCCUCCUGGCUUUCAGCAGAUGCCACGCCAUCCACCCGGCUUCCACAAUCUCAAUGCUUUCAGUCAGGGACAGAGAGAUGGACCGCCGCCGGGUUUCGGCGGCAUGACAUCGCCUACAAACGGGCCUCCUGGAUUUUUCCAACAGCCACCGCCUGGCUUCGCAGCUGCACAGCAAAUGAGAGGACCUGGCGAUCAGAGAGGAUACGAGGGUUUUCCACCAGGCAUCAUGCCGCGGAGAUAAGAUCCUGUCAGGACGGACGCACUGCGUGGAAUUUUUGCAGACAUAUUAAACGGGGGAACAGCGAGUGAUUGACAAUGCGAGCCCCAAAUAUCAUGGAAAUCGAGAAGCCGUUUUCGAGGGUUCGAGUUUGCGGUGUUGAUGGUUGCGAAGAUUGCGUGGUUCGGCAGGAAGGGGAGAAGAUCGUUGACGCGCAGACUCGCGAGCGAAGCAUCGUCUUAGAGGAAUGAGCAAACUUCACUGUCAUUUUAGGGUGUUGUGGCACUUGUAAAUUGGGAGCGACGGCGUAAGGAGUCUUGCACAUAUUCAUUCAUGAAGCUUGUCCAGGAGGCG